AUUACAGAGGGACCAGCCGCAAGUGAUAUUAGAGAUGUAUCUAGUCCAGAGAUGGAAAAUGCAUGGCACACAUACCACAGCACCCCUAUGUCAGGCCUCUGACAGACAUCAUUAAUUGAUCACAGCUCUUUCCUGCUAAGCUUAAACAUAGCCUCAGAAACAUUCUCAACCUGACACUCCGGAUAACCAGUAAAAUGAAAUGGAGUUGGCAAGCAAGUUGAAACCUAUUUGCCACUCCUAACUUGGUUCAUGCUCUGCUCUGCCUACCCAGAAUACUAGCACCACUUAGAAAAUAGCUCAAAUGAGAGAGACGCCCAAAUUGUUAUUUCCAUCCUGAUUAGUCCAAUAUUUUAUCUUCCAGUCAUAAGCAAAGAGAGGUACCCUUUUCCUAAACUACAGAAAGAGUAAUAGGGAACAGAGAGGUACAGUGGUUGUAGGAAUGACUUUCUGCUUCAAACCAAUCAGAAUAAACAAGGUAUUAUGUUCUCCAUUAGCCUGAACAGCUGAUAUCAUAUUAUUGUUCUCCAACAGAUACUGUACAUAUUCUCUUAUAAGAGGAUAAGGAAAUGCUACCGAGGUAAUUCCAUUUACAUUUCAACUCUAUAGAGUUUAAAAACAACUCUGACUUCAUUUGACUAAGUUUUUAGCCUGAUUUGACUCAAAGACCAUGAAUACAAUUAAUCAAGACUCUUUCUCAUGGUCAAUUGUAGUAGAAGCAAACUAAUUCUAUCAGAGGACAGGCUUCAAGCCCACAAAAUUGCCUGAGGGGCCUCGCUCAAGGGAGGAGAGGAAGUUAACCUAACAUUUCCAUACUGUUCUGCCUAUUCCCAGAAAUGACCAGCAGGCAGACAGCACACCGGACAGUGGAAGUAGCAUUUGCUAGCAGAGAGAACAAACUAUCAAGAAAUCAAAUCUGGAUCCGAUUUGGUGUGAUGGUCUUGGCAAAUCUUCAAACUUUUCUUUGCCUCAGUUUACCCAUAUGAAAAAUGGGCAGAAUACUCUUAAUAUGUCACUGGGGGCUUCCCUGGUGGCGCAGUGGUUAAGAAUCUACCUGCAGGGGACACGGGUUCAAGCCCUGGUCCGGGUAGAUCCCACAUGCCGCGGAGCAACUAAGCCCAUUGCACCACAACUACUGAGCCUGCGCUCUAGAGCCCACGAGCCACAACUACUGAAGCCCGCGCACCUAGCCAGAGCUCCGCAACAAGAGAAGCCACCGCAAUGAGAAGCCUGUGCACAGCAACGAAGAGUAGCCCCCACUCGCCGCAACUAGAGAAAAGCCCGCGCGCAGCAACAAAGACCCAACGCAGCCAAAAAUAAAUAAUAAAUAAAUUUAUUAAAAAAUAUAUAUGUCACUGGGACAAUAUAACACAAAUAUCAAAAUGUAAAAAGUAUACCACCUGACCUGUACAAAUCAGGAGUUCACAAAGAUUGCCAUUUCUCACCCCUCCUAUUUGUUGCUCUACAAAGCCUCAGAAUGCCACAAGUGAUAUUAGGAUGAAGGAGGCAAUUGCGUUGAUCUAUUUGGCUGGAUAUCAACCUCCCUCACCUCCAUAACAAGAGAAGCCCAAAAGGCUUGACCUUGAGGGCAGAUAACUUUCUACCUUGGCAAAAAAAAAAAAAAAAAAAGAGGGAAUCCUCUCUACUGAUUCCCACCUCAGAGGGAGGCAGACCACAAGGAAAAGCAAAGAAAUACACCUCGGCGUACUUAGAGUUUAGGGAAAAACGUUGUAGAAGUCAAUCAUCACGAUAGUUAAAUAACAUUUUCAUGCAUAAUCAUCAUUACCACCUUGAACAAAGUUCCAGCUUCCUGAGUGCUCCCUUCAGCUGCUUCCCCUGUUCUUGUAGGAGAAGCUAAAGCUUAUAUCACUUCUGCUCUUGGUUUCUUAACUCUGCCCUCAAAGAUCAACCAGAGAGGGAACCUAACUGUAGGCUUUUACCCCCAGAGACCCCAGGCCUCAAGCUGACCAGCCAUGAAGAGCAGGGAGUGAAGCAAACUCUUUCAAGCUUUUCAUGAGGCAUCUGGCCAAACAGCAAACUUCCAGCCCUCUCUGGGAUCAAGUGAAGAGAGUGAUUUUGUGUUUUUCUGCAUUUUAAUUGUUGGGAUGUGGCCACACACGGCGGUAAUUGGAACAAUGCAGCUACCACCACGCAACUGAUACUCUCAGUCUGAAUUUCCUAAAACAGGCCAGGCUGAGAGGGGGAACAGAACGGAAGCCAUAAGGAAUCAAACCAGGACACAAAAGAAGGCAAACCAGCUCCGCGAGGGGCCUCCUCUUUCUCAAGCAAGCAGAGGAAAAAGUAUAAGAAGCCCUCUCUUGCCGCCUCCCUUCCCCUUCCAUUUUGUGUAUCUGAGGGGCAGAGACAGCCCUGAACGUUCACUAAGCAAGUUAAAACUUCUCAGCUUAACAACUGGCACGGGGGCUCAGCCCUACACAGAGCAGCAGGCCGCUAGGCCCUCCCCCAAACCCCACCAGGCCCAACUCUCAAUCCAGGCUUUCUCUCCACCAUCAGCACCACCCCCCUGGCAAAUAAAGGCUGGACCCCCACCCCACUGGGUGGCAGUAACCCCUGACAUCACGGUUUCAGGGAUGCUGAGGUUGUGCUGAAACCUCGAUAACCUAGGAUCAAGUCAGGCCAAGGGAGAGGAGAGUCACAAACCCGUGGAGACCUUUCCCCCAGGUCCCAGUCCCACAGCUCUAGGGGAGACUGAAGGAAAACAUGAGGGAGGCAUGGAGGUACAUGAACAGAUUUCCUUGAAUUCUGCUAGAGUCUUCGCUUGUGUGUGAUUCCCUGCCUACUUCUCUUCCUCCUGAAGGCAAGUCUCAGACUCAAACCUGAGUGAGAACUCGGAGACCAUGUCUGCAGAAUUCUUUUCAUCUACAAGAGAGGAGGGAAGCCCUGGCUCAGGACCUAGUUUUAGGUCCAAUCAGAGGAAGAUAUUAAACCUGCUCCUGGAGAGAGAUACUUCCUUUUCCAUCAGUUCAGAUCUCCCUAGAACCCCAGUGGAGAAGAAACUUUUUGGUGAUUCUGCAAACCUAAGCAUUUUGUCUGGAGAAACCCCAAAGCGUUGCCUUAAUCUUUCGAAUCUUAGCAGCGGGGAGAUGUCUGCCGCUCAGUUUACCACUUCUUCAGACCUUGAUGAAACUGGUCACUUGGAUUCUACAGGACCUGAGGAAAUACAGUUAGCUGGGAUGAAUUAUCACCAACACCUUGUAAAAUGCAGCCCAGCACAGCUGCUUUGCAGCACUCCGAAUGCUUUGGACCAUGGCCACAGGAAGAAAGACGCAAUAUGUAGCUCAUCCGCAAAUAAAGAGAAUGAAAACAGCACUUCAAAGCCCUUGGAGUGGUGGGUACCCAGGAACCUGAGGUCUCCUCUUUUUCUACUGGACAAUGGAAACUUGGUGGAAAGUGAAAUGAAACAUCUGGGCAGUCCUAUUACUACAGUUUCAAAAUUAGAUAAAAAUCCAGAGCUAGGAGAAAACCAGACAGAGGAGAUUUCAGAUGAAUUGAUGGAGUUUUCUCUGGAAGAUCAAGACGAGGCUAAGGCACCUGUGAACAGGAGCUGCCUGUAUCGCUCCUCUUCGUUGCCAGACAGUUUGAACAGUCCAAGACUGAAGCAGAUGGUAAAAUUCAAGGACAACACAAUACCAGAUAAAGUAAAAAAGAAGUAUUGUUCUAGCCACAAAGAGCUCAGGAAGGGCUUAGGUAUAAAGAAAAUGGUCUCCCUCUGUGACAUUAAUAUGACUCAGAUGCUGGAGGAAGAGUCUAACCAGGGACCUCUGAUUGGUGAUUUCUCCAAGGUAUGUGCACUGCCGACCGUGUCAGGGAGACACCAAGAUCUGAAGUACGUCAACCCAGAAACAGUGGCUGCCUUGCUUUUGGGGAAGUUCCAGGGUCUGAUAGAGAAAUUUUAUAUCAUCGAUUGCCGCUAUCCAUAUGAGUACCUGGGAGGACACAUCCAGGGAGCUUUAAACUUGUACGGUCAAGAAGAACUAUAUAACUUCUUUCUGAAGAAACCCAUUGUCCCUUUGGAUACUCAGAAAAGAAUAAUCAUUGUGUUCCACUGUGAAUUCUCCUCAGAGAGGGGUCCCCGAAUGUACCGCUCUCUGAGACAAGAGGACAGGGCUGUGAACCAGUAUCCUGCACUGUACUACCCAGAGCUGUAUAUCCUCAAAGGGGGCUACAGAGACUUCUUUCCAGAAUAUAUGGAGCUGUGCGAACCACAGAGCUACUGCCCUAUGCAUCACCAGGACCAUAAGGCUGAGCUGCUGAGGUGUCGAAACCAGAGCAAAGCAUGGGAAGGGGAGCGGCAGCUGCAGGAACAGAUUGCCUUACUGGUGAAGGAUGUGAGCCCGUGAUAUCAGAUCACCCACUGGCUGCCUAGGACUCACCAAAAGACACUGUAGAAACCCUAAGCAGAAAGAGGCCAUCUUCUAUGCAGCUAAACCCAAGAUGUUAAAAGAUGUCAGCAAACCAACAGGCUGCCAACCUACUGAAAUCCCAGGCCUGGCGACUGGUUAGGUGUCAGUAGAGCUGCUGGCUGGUGGGAAGUCCUGGAGCUGGCUCUGUAAGGCUGGAGCCUUGGGUUGCAUAGAGAUUUGUGUUGCUUCAGGGAGCUGUUGCAUUCCUCUUCCUAACUGCUUGAGUCUCCUCAGAGGUCAGCCACAUCUUUUUCCCCGUGGGCUUCUGGCUAUGCAAGAGAGAGUUGCCCAUCUUCUUUCUCUAUAUUUUCCUUCUUUGUUUCCCCCUCUCACCUUUUUUUAAAAUGGGAAAAUAAACAUUGAAGAAUGAGAAAUGCUAUUGUGAGCCCAGUCUGUUCCUAGAAGAUGUGUAUAAGGAAGUAAUCACCACAUUAAACUCCUUUGGACAAAGAUGUAGCCAUCUCUAUUCAUAGCUGAGGCCAAGGUGCUUUUCUCCAGACCAUGGUUCUCAAAGUUUGGGCCCUGGUCCAUCAGCAUCAUCUGAACUUGCUUGAAAUGCAAAUUUUCACAGCCCACUCCAGACCUACUAAAUCAGAACAUCUGAGGUUAGGGCCCAGAAAUCUGGGUUUUAAAAAUCUCCUUUUCAGGUGAUCCUGAUACAUGAAAGGCUUGAGAACCACAGCUCUGGAAUUAAGGAAAACCUUUUAAAUUUCAUUCUUCAGCAAUGUUCCAGGCUUUCCUUUUCUAGACCAUUCCAUAGUAUGAGUUGCCUAAAAGUGUGCCCCAGAUUCAA